AUGGCCGCUACAUCGCAGUUACAGCUGCCUCAGCAUGAAGCGGAUACUGAGGAGUCCGGUCUGUUCCCGGACUUCCGUGUCCGGGAUACUGUCCUGACAUCUCAGCACCAGUCUUCUGCAAAGGCAUUUGAGAUGGAAGUGGUUGAGCUUCCAGGCACGGCUUGCGUAGACGGUCCAGGUCUCCGCUCCGUACAGGAGCGUCGUCAAGACGGCGGCCUUGCACAUCUUCAGUUUGGUGCUCAGUCGAAGGCAGUGGCGAUUCCAGACGGAGGGUUGCCGCCCGCCAAAGACCUGGUUGACUUUGGAGAGCCGGCGGGACACCUCAUCGUCGAUCUUUGUGGUGCGCGAGUGUACUGCCUAGAUAGGGCGAGUCGUCCUCGGUUUCGAGUUGGUUGGCGUUGACAGCGAUCCGAAGAGAGUUGUACCCAGCGUUUAGUGACGGUUGGUGCGUGACCAUCGUUUUGUUCGUGUUGAUUGACAGGCCGAAGUUGUUGCAGGCGAAGGUUAAGGGGUUCAUGCUCAUUUUCAGACUCCCUUGUCAGACCCCAGUAGUAUGCGUGAGAUAGACACUGGUACUAGACAUUAUGAUGGCCGUGUCAAUGUGUAACCUAUGCUACGAAAUUGUGUUUAAAAAAUUCUAGUUGCGAGGAGAUGCACUUUUGACCGGUCAAAGGUUCUGCUACCUCCAUAGGUUAUCCUUUAUUUGUCUUCAACCGUUUUGCUGUAUUGGUGUAGGCGAAAAAACUCGCAACAGUCCUCCCUUGUGAGCUGCACCGCGACGCUUUGAAGGCUGGCACUGGCAAACUGCAAUGAAAGGCAAUCAUCCGGACAAGGUGCACUCGUAACUCGAAGCCGUCUGAACGAGAAAUGGUGAAUGCUGUCAGAAAUACGUAAACGCAAAAUCCAAUAAAAGGCCCUGGGACUUUAUGUACACAGCACGUGAUCCAGCCUGAGUCACCUAUUCGGCCUACACGCAUUUAACUCAGAAGACCCUGAAUAUAAGUUGAUGACACGGUUGCAAGACUAAUUCCGAUUGGGACUAUUCAAGGUGACACAAAGCAGGAUCCUAAGGGUUCGACUGUCGAGUAAUACUAAUCCAGUAGUCGACAGUGAGGAACGUUUAAGUAUUGAGCGGCUUAUCAUGCAGGAUCGUUAUUUAAAAUGGGUAAAUGAAGAAAAGAUGAUAAGUGCCGCUCCAAACUGUGUUUUUGUAGCACAAUGAAAACCGAAACCGGGGAGCAAGUGUGUGUGAAUAUACUAGUGUGAUCCCGCCAAGGCCUGUCCUGAUGAAACUGCACUUGCAUACUGCUCGUUCCUACCUAUUAGUUCGUUCUCAUGGGCGGGGUCAAAGGCCUCAUUGACGCACUCACAUACACCGACUGCACGCGUCGUCUGGAGUUUGGCCCAUUUGGACGACCUCCGCUCACAUGUGUCGCUCAUUGCGUCCAGCGGUCGACAGCUUGACAAAGGCUGGGUGUAUACACGUGCGUACACGUCGGUUAAGCGUCGUCUCCAGUCCCCCUUAUAGGGCUAGAGCUUUUCGGUAGUCUAUCAAAGACUGCGCGCACACAACCACUGCAUCCAUCUUGCUCUGAAGGCCAAGCGCGGCCAAAUGUUGGAAAGUUGCUCAGACGUCCAAAAGUCUGAUAUCACGACCAAAAAUUGACUCACGGUAAAGAUCGGAGCUCCUAGUACACGUUAUUGGUGUAUAGGAGACCUGAUUUAGACGGAAGGGAGACAAAGAAAAGUGCUGUAGAACUCAAGUCAGCAGUAGUCGUAUUCGACUACGCAUAUUCGUGUGCUAGAUGGCAGACGGCCACAAAAAAGUACGGUUUUAUUCGCAACAACUUAAGGAUGUUUUAAAUGCAGUUAUUUACUACAUUUAUACUAGGAAAUUCAGCAAAAGAGUGUAAGUAAGUGAUUUGUGACAGUUUGCAAUGACGUUACUCAAACUCACUAUCUUUGUCUGGUAAAAAAAGAGUCUUUAUAUGGCAUUGAGCUACCGCAAUACGGUAACAUUAUUGAAGAAAUUACGUUUUUAAGUUUUGACGGGACAAUAUGCCUGAAAUUAAACACGAUCAGACUUUAUUUAUGCAUCCUUGGGUCGGCAGUUGCAUGUAUAGGACUUUCACUGUACAGCCAAUAAAAUGAUAAAAGCACAAAAACAUGCGCGAACGGACUAAGUGAAAAUGUAAGCGCAAGAUGUAAGUUGAAGUAUUUCGUUCCUGUGUGCAAUGACAAGCGCAUGCAAUUGCUUCAGACAGCAUAAAUUCUCAACCCGACAAGUUAAAAAAAGUGAAAACGCAUUAAAAUGACUGCACCGUUAGCGUUUGAUUAUGUUAUAAUAGAAAUCAGGCGAGAACUUACGGGUCGUUUGCUGAACGAGCGAAACUGAAGAACGGAAGACAGACAUCGCAAACUACUCCCGAAAACGCGGUUUAUAAGUCAUAUAUUCAAACAAUCUCUGCAAAUUGAUUGCGGACGAUAUACGACUUAAAUUUGAAAGCUAUGGCCUUGUAAUCACACUAUCAAACUUUAAAACUACACACCAGCGAAGCAUAAGCUGAAACACUUAAUGAAAAUAGAGAAUUGUGGAAGGGUUACUGUCGGGACAGCAGACGGAGACGCACCUCCAUUAGAAUCAGGUUAACAAGGGGGGAGAAGCUGCGAAAGGAUUAGUAGGCAAAGCAAACAUGACAGAAUGUCGUAGAGUCCCCUUUGCCCUCAAUCAGUUUCUACCUUUGUCGACUUCUCGAGCUGCAAAUUGCUGCUCACCUGGACUUUUUCAGAACCUUUAAGUUUUCUGUCGUUGCAUGAUUUAUUUCCGUUGUAUAUGUACAUGAAUUGCUAAAAUCAUAUCUUGAAAAGGCCUGCUCUAAAAUUGAAUGCUUCUUUGCGCAAUGAUCUCUUCUUCACGGAUCUCAGGAACGUGUGUUCCUGCAACCUUUCCUCCUUCAUAAUGCUACCCGCGCACAUAUUUCGUCAUUUUUCUACUGUCACCACAGCAGAACUGACGUACAGAAACCCCUAUGUUUCAAUCGCGAUCAUUCUUUUGUAGAUUGAUCGUGAGGCCUGAUCACGCGCGGACUAUCACCGACUGACAUCAAUCUGAUAAGUCCAACCUACAUUUUCCACCUAUCUGUUUCGUUGUAUAUUAAUGCGUAGGUAGUUUUGCAGUUUCUUUUCUUCUCCCAGUUAUCCACACCCAUGUUUUGCGUAUAUUCUUGUGCCCACAGAGUUUCUAAAAUUUUUGCUAUUUACUAUUUUUCUAUCGUUCGUUAUCCUUAGUUUUUGCCAACCUGGUUACAGCAUCAAUACCCUGUUAUGCAUUAUCUCUCACACGCAAUAAACUGUUGGCAUCUUCCACCCAUCGUCUUAUACUCACUGCUAACUUGUGCGCCUGCAAGCGAAUGUCUGUGUAAUGGAUACUUAAGGUACGAACACUCAAUAGCCGGAGUCUCUGAACAAGAAACGGAAGUUGUACUCAGACUCAAGUCACCCCCACUCUGUUCCAUCCCGAGUACGCAGGACAUGAUACCACUUUUAACAGCGUGAUAUCUGGUUAACAUAAUCCGCAUCCCGCACUCUUUAGAAUCUGAAUAUUAUUGUCAAUAAUUUCAUCGAAUUUUCGCUCAUAAAUUUACCUCUUAGGUGUUGGGCGUUUCCCAGCACUAACUAAUGGAAGGCCGUGGAAAUUUGGUAGUUUGUCAUAUAUUUAAGAUUUGUAUUUUGAAAUUCCUCAAGGAACUUGUCAGCUAUUUUCCUUUAUCCCUGUUAACGUUUUUUUUUCGAAGUCCAUCGAUGCUGGAACACUUAUCGCUGAUUGUAAUCUGAUGUAAAUUACUUCCCUCCAGAAAACCGUAGACGUCAUUGGCAAAAAAUUAAAGACCCUCAUACUUAGCGGACAUUGACUGCAAAGUCAUGAGUAGAAUUAUAAAAGAUGGAUUGUUGUACAGCGUAGAUAUUAAUAGUUUGCUAUCGCACUCCUGCAAAGGCUUCCAGAACCUAACCGGAGACGGAUCCAAACGUUCGAGGAUAGACACGCAGGACACAUCGCUUUCAUUGACUGUGAAAAGUCUUUUAGUUCUAUGCCACACCAGUGACUGCCAAAAACUUGAAAGAAUGCAAAACGAAGGUUACUUGUUAAGUAAUUGAGCAACCGUUUAAAGUUAUUGGGGUAAAAAGCUCCGAUGCUGAUGAAAGGAUAGACCGUAAGUAUAAUUUUAUGUAGCAUAAGAUUCCGAAUGCAAAUCGGCUAUUGAGGGUGCGCGUUUGUUUCUGCAACGUUGUGGCUUGGGCUACCAUUCGCCAAGCUAACCAAUUGUGCUGGAUCAGCCUAAUGCGCUGAAACUACUUGAUCACUUCUCCUUAAUAGAAGUUAAAUUCAUCUUGUCGAGGAAAGACAUCAUUGGAAAUUUUUUCAUAAGUGCCGUUUCUCUGUUUGCCCGGAUCUCACAUGCAUACACAGAAGACUAAACAAAUUGAAAAUGUCGAAAACCAACGCCAAUUUAACGGUCCCUGUUGUCAUAUCGAAUAAGUAUCAUCCGAUAUAAUUUGCGGCCUCACCACGUCAUGACAUAGUUAAUUCUAUAGAGUAUUCAAUAUUUCUAAACGCAACAACAUGUCAUGCAUACAAGCACUCCGACCGAACACACCGGCAGCCUCUAGUAAACCAAAGCGAGUACCUAACUCGAAUACAAGUCCGAUUGCAACUUCAGCCAAUCGUGCACUGGGCAAAUCCAGUCAGUCUAAGGAGAUACCGGCUAAAUAAUUGUCCAGCUGUCAUUCUGACAGUCUCUUUACUUGAAAUAAUGAAUAAAAAAUAUAAGCUCUAACAAUUUGGUGAGAUUGCAUCCGGACUGAUUUAAGAAGUUCACCAGUAUGCUGUCCGGACACAGCAAUCGUUUUAAGCAUUUGCAGCUCUCUCUCUUCCUCUCUAAGAGAACAACAGCGAAAAGUUUAAAUUAGACCAUUUGGCCAGAUUUUGCAACUGAACUUGUCGAAGUUGGUAUGGCCGACAAAGCCAGAAUACCCAAGCCAGGAGUCAGGGAAGACGGAUCACGCUGGACGACUAUACAGAUGCGUAAGAGCGUACAAGUGGCCGGGUGGCCGUUGCCACAAGCUAUCUCUCCGGAUUAGUUCUCUGUUCCGUGUCCGCCGUUGAGGUUAUUAGACCGCGACGCGUAUGUGCACCUUUCGCUCUGUCCCAGUUAGCGCCCUCCGGUUAAUCGGAGAAGGGGGGACGUUUACUGGCUGCGGGUUGCCGAGAGGCUAGUGACAAGCCACGCGCGGUCCCAGAAGUGAAUUGACAGGGCAUAUGGUGUGGAUAGCAGGGCAAAUAGGCAAAAGCGGCGGGAAACAAGGAAUUGAGGCAAUUAAGAUUGAGAUUGCUUGGCACUGUUAGGCUCCAUCUCGCAAAAUAAUACAAAAGAACAAACCGGCCGGAGCAUCCAACCGAUUUCCCCGCAACAAUUAUCCAUAAAUACUCCGAAAAGAUUUUUGAUUUCGAUCGCAUGUUGACGAGACGAAAAUACAUAUUGGGCCUUUUUUCAGCUGGAGAAGCAAUUUCGUAUCCGUGCUUCGUCCUUGCCCAGGUAUUCGUAUCCAUUACACAGGCAUUCGGCUGCAGACGUUCAAGUAAGUAGUGAGUAUUAGACGAUGAAUGGAAGAUGAAAACAGUCUAUUGGGUGUGGGAGAUAAUAUAUAAGAGGGUGUUGAUGCUGUAACCAGGUUGGCAAAAACUAAGGAUAACGAAGUAUAGAAAAACAGCCAUGAAAGAAAACAUUAGGAACACGACAUGUACAGGGGUACACGCAAAACACGGUUCAAAAAUCUUGAAAAAGACAAAACUGUAAAAUACAUAAGAAACAAUGUACAACAGAAACAGAUAAAUGGAAAAAUGCCGAAGAAUGGACUUAUCGGAUCGACUGUCAUCGGCGAUCGACGCGAAAGUUCAGUCCUCACGAUCGAUCUACAAAAGAGCGAUGGCGAUUAAAACAAAGGGGUUUCUGUCCCUCAGGUCUGCUGGGCCGUUCGUUUUCUGUUGCCAUCGAAGCCGGAAUGGAUACUUGCUGCCUAGAACAGAAAUUCGGUUGAGGUGAUGCUUAUGGGUAAGGUUGGGACCUACGUAUUCAGGUUUAGUGCUCAUUUGCCCAGAAACUGUUAUGCAUACAUACGCGAUGGUAUCAGUAGCGACGACUUACGCCUGGCUAACGCAUGCUUACGAAUUCCUUGCAUAUGAGCUUUGAGCAUCUCGUACCUUACCAGUAUCCAAAUAUAACUUACGCCGUCGCAGUGAUCUGAUCAAAGCCGGCAUUUUCGCCAGCAGUUUUUUUUUCUCCUGAACCCUCCAAACCAUAAAAACCAUCAUCAACUAUAUUUUUAUACUUCAGGAGUUUUUUUCACUGCUGGUCGGAUUUGUUUUUAAUUGCUUCCCUUGACAAUGCCUGUAAACCGGCAUUUAAUAAUAAAUUAAAUUAAAAAAAAUUAAAAUACCUGCAUAUCCGAUAAGUUACAUAUUCGUUUGUUUUAUGUCCGUUCUCUCCUUGAUCGUCGUUACAUUUCGCUUUCCACCAUCAGGAUUUUCUCAGGUUAAUCCUGUGCUCUGAUGUAUGUAUAUAUUCUCCUAUCGAUACCUAUUUUGUUAGCUCCUGAACUCAACACAUUAUUCGUUUUCUACUGACGUCCACACGCGUUUAUAUACUCAGUUAUAAUAAAAUUCAUCAUCAGUGUCUGCCUAUACAAUUCCUGCCUUACGUGUAACUCUGAUGUGUUUGAGGCUGUAUGUGAAGAAUAUUGGAUGUUCCAUGCUCAAAACCUCAAGUUAACCCUCAGGUUGUAGAGGAGACUGUUCCCAUCAGGUAUCACUUCGCCCCAUAUUGAUUCUUCCGGAACGGACGUUACAAUACAAGUGGAGUUCCAUUUAUAUUAAAAUCCGUUACGAAAUGCUGCAGAGUUGCUCUUCAUGCACUCAACUCGCUCAACGAAUUCUACCUUCAGUCUGUGUUUUGUUUAACCCGCUGUUGUUAUGGUUACUUUUGAUAGUUUGUGCUUUUGAAACAGCGUGAUGUCUUGUGACUUGGCUAGCGGUCGAGUUUCUGUGGGCGAUCCCGAUCAAAGAGGUGCUGUUUUGUUGCCAGAUUAAUUUUUAGGUAAGAGACACUUCCAGGUGGCAAAUCGGAAGACUUCUCUAUACGGCUCUGAAAACGGUGGAGAAAAUACGAAACCUAUGUUUACAAAUCAUAAGCGCGCUACGAAUCCGUACAACAAGCACUUUCUUCUAAAGUUCUAGUCGAUUGGAUAAAAAACAGGAGCGCUCCCAAAAAUACGGCGAUUGGUGGACGCCAGCACCUUCGGUGGUUCCCCAACCAGUUAUAUUUUUUCGUUCAUUUACUUAUUUACCAUCAUUAGGGUAAAGAAACAUAUUAUGGCCGAAUGCGCACGCCAGACUUAAGGGAAAAUGCACAACUUGCGGGUAUCGCAGUAAGAAUCUACACACGUUGUAUGUUUUAGGGUUUUUCGCUUGCUUGUGACGACUCGCGGACUGAAAGUGCUUCGCACUCUCAAACUUGUGAGUGUUCUGCAUUCCAAUAUCCAAAUCACGAAUUUUGUCAGUCUGGAGACAUCCAAAUUCAUUUAUAUUAGCAAUCUUUCCUGUAGCAACAUAAUUGUUGGUCGUAAAAUUCCUGAGAACAUCAGGUAAAACCUGUAGGCAAUUUCCGACGGAUCUCUCGGGGGUGGUAUGGAGGCUAAUCUGAGAAGCGUAACUAAGGCGUAGCCAUUCACAAUAAAACAAUAGUUAAAACGGGUGGCAGGAAACUUCACCCACACGAUGUUCCCAGCCACCAUACCAUAAUUAUGGUAUGGUGGCUGGGAACAUCGUGUGGGUGAAGUUUCCUGCCACCCGUUUUAUGACCUAGGAUCUGUGAACACGGUUUUUUAGUUGGAAUUAUUAGCUGGUGCUCGACAAUCAUUUUAACCGUUUCCUUUGAGAUGCCGACUUUGUCAUUUCCUUCAGUGGCGCGGUUGGUUUCAGCAGAAAACAAAGGUUUUGUGCAUAUAAGGCCACGGUCAAAGAUGCUUUGCGUUGCGGCUGUACAUUUUGGCUUCAUUACUCUGCUGGGCAGAAGAUAAUCCGGUGCGGUUGCUUCUGUUUACGAACUGUCACAAACGUGCGUCUCACCCCUACACAGUUAAAGGCCAUCGUCUCAGAUGAAUUUGCCAGGUCUUAUGUCCAUCCAAAUGGUAGCUCAUCCGCGAUUUCAUUUCCACGAAUCGCUUUUAUAAAUACGAAUUAAGGCCCAUAAACUGAACAACGUAUGCGAAGUAUAGCGAAAACGUUGGUUGUGACUUAGGGCAUCGCAUGGUCUUCCCUUGCAGUCGAGUGUUUAAAGGCCUUGAAGUCAUUUAAAAUUGAAACAAGCUGAAGAACGAAUAAUACAUUAAUGAUCUGCAGCACCCAAACAUAGUCAUCUUACUUGAGUAAGAGGCACCUUGAGCGAUUAUGCUAUUGGACCCAACGACUCCCGGCGAUAUUGACUGUUCAGAUGGAAAGAAAGCAUAUAACAUUUGAAUCGCUUAUAUUAUUAGCUUGUUCCACGGAAUUGUUUGACUUACUUUAAGCAACUUGAGCAUCUCUAGAAGAGGCUUUGGUUUGAGAAUGUGUAGCUGGAGCAUAAAGUCCUGCAGGCUUUUAUAAAAAAGCGACGCUUUUGCAUACAUUGGUUAAAAUGCACUGUGACAACGUCGAAAAAGCUCUCUUAGGACAGACGAUAUAAAGUUAUUCGAAAAGAUGAGAGAAUGAAUAACGUUAUGCCAGAGGGUCCAAGGACCUUUUGUUUAGUAUUCGAACGUAUUUCAGCCGAAUUACUGUUUGACAUUGCUUCCCAAUGUCCGGCGGUCUAUGAGGUUGUAUUACUUUUCUCGACACCAUCCUUACAACCCUAGCGGUGUCGAGAGGUUUGACUGUCACGACGAGAACUGCUGCUACCUUCGCAUUAUAAAAAUGACUGCUCCCAGAUUCAGCGGGUCACUGUCCGUUGUCAACUUCUCUAGUUCACACCAUUGCCGAUAUUUGCACAGUCGCAAAUAGUCGCUACAUGACCUCGACAUCCAAAGAUCCGAAGGAGUGUCCAGAGGUCGCCUAGUAUCGUGCCACAGUACACAAGCAGCGCAUUCUCUACUGGCUCGGCCAAGCUUCCGGGUGUUCCUGUCGUUGCGUAUACACGCGUCAUACCUAAGUUUCCACUACACGACCUGCCUGCUUCUCAAGCCUGCGAGCAUACCUAUCAAAAUUAAACAGCACAACCAAAACCCUUUGGUUUGCUGUUUCUCGGGGUUUCAAAUUGUAAAAUCUUUUCAACCCAAUAUGCACUCUUGCACACACUCCUACUUGGACUGGUGCUCUCUGCGUCUUUGGUAGUUGCCACAUUGUCUUAAAAUUCUAGCAUACGGGAGUAAGAUAAAAGCGCCUCUUAAACAGCCAAACGAACUGCACAUUUACGCAAGAUAUCAUAACGUGUGCGUUAGUAGAAGUGGGUGGUCGAUAUCCAGUUGUCCCUUAAUAAAACUGUCUGGCGAGAGAAGUGAUCUUGACGAUUAUAGGGGACCAAUGGACUUAAGUCGAUAUAGCUCACUCUAGGGGACCUUUGAAUCCGUCGAAUUUUUAACGCCUUCAUGACAUCCAAAUGGUUGGGAGACUGUCUUCCUGCAUAUACAUGAAUUCACCUGGGCAGAACAUGUUCUUUAAUGACACUCAGUAACUACUGUCAUUGGAAAAGGUAGAAGUGCAAUUGCUCUUGUCAAACGACAUCUCGACUAAUUGUUACGGUAUGCUUUCUUGAAUUUUCCAUUUUGAAAACAGAUGGUCUUAAGCUUUUUCUCUUCAUACGCGACCACCGCCAUCAUCUGAUACCUAAAAGGAUCCUUUCUGCAUUCGACAGUAGCACAAAUUCUAAAAACUUGCCCAAGUUCACUUAAAUCGGAAGUGCUUUUUGAAACGAAAAUCGCGACCUUUAAAGCAUCCUCCUAUUCACUGAUCUCACCGUCGCCUGUUUCAGAUGCUUUCACUGAAGGGAAUCGUAGUAAUUCAUUAAAACAUUCUUCCAUACCUACCGUCUGACUAUGCUAAGCGUGUUCUAGAGACUGCUAACCGACGACGGAUUCCAUGACACCUCAUGGAGGCAUCUGCCAUGUGUGAUUCUGUUUUGAACCCAAUAAACUAAAAAAUUGUCUCUGGCAAUUGGCUUCAUCUCGUCAAGACUAGUUACCUGACUCCGGAUCUUAGAACAAUCUCCUCGGCGAUGGUAAGAGAACUGAUUCUGUUCAUUCCCGAAAUUUCGUGAAAAGGCUAACUGACAGAAGAGUAAUAUUAAAAACAUGAACCAUUUUGCAUAUAAAGGAUGAAAAAGAGAUGUUUGACAGAUGACCCCAUUAAACAAAAAGUGUGUUUGGAGCGAAUGUCAAACGAAGGAAGGCAAGUGUAAUAAACGUUCAAAAUAGUGUUUUAAAUCCCUUGGUAACGAUCUGUCUUACAUAAGACCAAGACGGUUAACGUAUGCCGUCAGAAUAGUUGGGAUUCGCUUUUUCGACGACAGUAUGUCUUGUUUCCUGAUGAUAAUCUAUAAUGCAUCCUCGGGAUCCGACAGCUAAACCUGGUUAAAUUGACUAAGUAGUUUAUUUUCCCUUGCCUCAAACGUCUGCGCUAUCACGGGCUGAUUUAUUAUUUCCCAGGUUUCUAUAUUCUGAACUAUUCUACCGCAUUUCAAAUACCACACAGCAUGUCAUCUGAUGGCACUUUUGCGCUGAAAGAUAUAAACCUAUGUUUUCAAUCAGACGUUGACAAAUCUAUUUAUUCCGGUUUGCCUUAUAACAGUGAGCAGUUUGUCCGUAUGACACCCGCAGCAUUCUUCAAAGUGGUUAGCGUAUUCAUGUACGCUGAAGAGAUUGUCCAACUAUCUUAUUGGUCGGUUUCAAAUUGUUUCAAAACUUUGAAAAAGUUUGAUUGUACCACCUUGCAUGCUAAAAAGAGGACGGUUUCUCUAGCAAUGCAGUAUUUAAUGCAUGCUUGUGUCUGUUCUGGACAAGUUACUCUUGGAUCUUAGGAGAUAGGUUCGGCUCUUGGUCUAAAAAACGGAACAUCAGUCGGCAGAAAUUGCCCAGCGUAAACGACAACAGGUCUGGUUUUCUUUUUAUGCCGCACUCCUCGAUUACGCAAAUUUCUGCCUAUUUUCAUUUCUAAUAUUACAAGGCACGGAAGGAAAAUUUCGGCCUUCUGCUAGUAAAUCAGUGUUACUAGAAGUUUAAGUUGGUAUGUCCCAGUUUCUUAAUCAUAUCAGUAGGUUUGGAGCAAUUUUACUUAACGGCGCAAAUGGCAGAAUCUAAUUUGUUGCCCUCUCAAGCCUUUUUAAAAAAACAACCAUCUCAUACUUCUAUUCAUGGUUGAGAGUAUUCGAAAGCGCUGUUUAUAAAUUCGUCAAGCACAUAAGAAAAGCAGCAAAGGCCUCUGUCAUUUUUUAUUGCCCUCUUCUGAUAAAGCUUCUAACGGAUACCAGGGAACGCCACAAGAAGGAUCCCCUGUCAGGGAGGUACAGCAGCCGCCAGGACAACCCGCAGUGGAAGAGGGAAAUUUGGCGAAAGCAGAUCUGCAACGGGUAGGUCAUAUGAAUGUCUUACGUGGCCAGUAAAACUUCUGAGACUGUGGAAGGAGGACUGAAAUCAUACUGUCCUACUUGUUAGUGUUUGGUGAGGCAGACUGGGAGGGUUAUUAAAAAGCUGGUCAAAGUCCAACCCUUUGACCACUGGGAUGCAAUUCUAUUUUAUGUCACUUCUGAUGUGGAACAUACGGAAGAGAGAAGCCAGACUUAGUUAUCUGAGUGGAAUGUAGAAAUAAUUAUUCGGAAGUAGAAAAUUGGUGCAGGUGAGAAACUCAAGUCCACAUUGUGAAACAGGGUCGAUGAUAAAAAUUGGAUUUAAUCAGCUGGUAAGAAACCACAUUAUCAUGCCUUAUUGGGGGAAGGAUUGAUGUUUGCCGCAAGUAUAUAAACGAGGCUUGCUUUUCGAUGUCAGUGGCUCUCUUAACUCGUUGAAGGACACAGUAAUGCGGCUAUUGUCAUUCUGCCUAUCAUUUACACGUAAUACGUCCGAACAGCAAAUAAUGCCAGCGCGAAAUCGCAUCCUCUGAAGUUGGAAAAGUACAAUCUUUGUGUGGUAGUGAGGAUUACUAACGUAACAUGCCUAUUUACCUAGUAAUUGCGGUCUCCACCCAUCUACGGGGAUCAAAUAGCAUGGGAUAGCCAGUAAUGCCUGCAGUUGGGCUUCGGCUGGCUGACGGCGGAAAAUAAGCCAACAGUGAUUAUUCUAUUUUCGCUUAUUUUCUCUCGGCAAAAUCUUGAAUUACCGACUGCUCCUUACAAUGUGCCUACCUUUGAUAGCUCUAUUGAGGAGCUCCUAGACAGGAUGACACACCUAUGUUCCGACACGCGAUCUGGACAUAUCCUUGAACGUCGCAAUCGAGGUUUCUAAUAUCCCGAGCGUAGACUACAGAGGGCUGGUCCAUGGCUUAAGUGGAUGAGCGUAAAUUCCUAUCGCAAAUUCGGUGUUAGAUCUGGCCGGCUUGGGUUUUGGACACUGCUGACUCAACAGGACAAGGAGAAGACAGAAAUGGCUAUAUAUUCCUGCCUCAUUCGAGGUUGUGUGACAUUUUUAUUUGAGCAAUUUCAACUUUUAGCUGAGUCCACUCGUGGUCGAAUUUUUUUGGCCUAUCGCUAAUUCUUACCUGGAAUGCAAGGUAAUCAAUCCAGGUUUAUUACUUUAGGCUCAGACGAUAUUCCUACAUGUUUUUAUAAGAUUCAUGCCAAAAGGAUUUAUUGAGAAUAUUAGCAGGACAUGGAAAGCCUGGGAACACAUGAAGCUAAAUUAUUAAAUGCUCUCAAGCUUUGCGUUAAACAAACGCGGAACACUUUGUGACUAGUGUCUCAAAUGUUUGCUCAAUCACCUGUGCAGUCGCCGGCGACGCCACCUAAAUCAAAUGAACAGAAUCAAACCAAUGCAGCCGACUCUAGGGAUAGCCUCGACUUUGCCGGUGAUGAUCUUAUUCGGAGAGCCGAAAUGCGCGCUCAUGAACGGCAGAAGCGGCUAAUGCAUGAAGUCGGAAUUGAUGAGUCUUCGGGCUUCAACGAACGGCCGGAGGGCAGUGUACGGUUAGACAAGAGUGCAGAUCAUUCGCCGAGACCUACCUCCAUUGUGGGGCCUCCUUCUGGUCCAACGGAGGGUCAGGACCCUCAUCACUUGACACAGAAGCAGCUUCUGGAGCGACACAUGACGGGUGGACGGUUUAUCUCAUACGUCAAUCGCCCUCCUUGGCAUACCACCCUGGACGACAAUGAUACCGCUUAUGGGCCUAGAAGACGAAUCGAAGAAUCAUCUCUAGCGAAUGGCCCUCGUGACCAGAGGACAACCAACCAGAUGGACUUUCCGUCUUAUACGGUGUCGGAAAUGAGCGUAAGUGACUGCGCCUUCAGUGUCUUAGACGAUAUGAUUGGACAUAAGAAAAUGACUCAUUCUGUUUACAUGGAUACCAGUCGGCAAAGCAGUUUUUUGUAUGUCUAAAUCACAAGAACUUUUGUUCAACUCUUUUAUGACUUCUUGCUCAUUGAGCCCUUAAAGUGGGGCAGAAGCACUGACUGCAAGGUAAAUGAUAUUUGUGGCGCUUUCUGACUGCGUCGUGCAACUUACCUCUUCGUACACUCCCAACAAGCACUUUGGCCUGAGCGAAAAAAUUUCGUUUCUGUAGUAGCCCAUGCCUUUAUUACAAACCGUUUUUUCUUCCUAAAUUCGUGCCAAUUUAUGUUUUUCCACUCACGGAGACAUCUCUUUCCGGUGCACAUGAUUGCUUUGCCUUAGAAAAUCGAUCUUGGCGAAGCGAAAUUCUCUGGCAAUUAGCUGACUUCUGGAGAAAAAGUGUUUUAGGACAAGCGUCACUUCGUCGUUAGCGUUAAUGAAUGUCGGGAUAAAGGUUGGGAUGAAAGUUAGCUUCAAUAAGUGUUAUCGACCAGGCUAAGGGAGACUGGUGCCGUUUUAUACUUUUUGGCCAUCAUCUAUUUAGAAUCAGGUGAUAUGCAGAGGGUGGAGAGGAGCUUCCAAUGGCUGAUUUUGUUAUUUGACUUAACCUAUUCUGACGGUUGCGAAUUCCAUUUAGCAAUAAAUGACAUACAAUGAGCUUCUCCAACGUAAACAACGAGAUCACAAAACGUGUCGAUGAGGAUGCGGUGCUGACUUUGACGUGGACUUCUUUACAACGAAACACGCCUUUUCUCUACCUGCCUCUGCUCUCGCACUUACAUCAUUUUUAAACGGCAGGAUAGUAACAACGGUUUGGGAGUAACUACUGGCGUAGUGGCUGAGAAAGUACCUACAUCAACCCACAUCAGAGGGAUUGUGAUUCCCAAGCGCACGCAUACCACACUUCAACUGCUACCAGUAGCAUCUCUUAGAACUCAAUUAUCACAAAUGCUUCGUUACGAGGGAGCCAUUGCAGAAAACUGUCCCUACGUCCUGAGCUAUUUCGCUGGUUGGUAACCUUUCAGGCCACGGUUAUUAGCAUAUCGUGCCCCUCUUAGGCGCAUCAGAUUUAUUGUAGCGAGGACUCUCCUAGACCCGCAUUAUGAAAUGUAUAUCAGUUCAGGCCUCACUUUCCCGAUUCCAUGCAGCAAUAGCUCCUCUACAUACAUAUCCCCUCACACAUUGUGUGACAUUGACUGAAAGACUAAGCAGUUUCACAGCAUUUUUUUCCAACGCCACAAGCUUUAGCUGGUUGGAAUUCAGACUUGGCAAAUGACCUAUACCAAUGUAAAGAGGUGAAAAGUUCUGGUGACGGACGGCCAGCAGACUGGGACCUCCUAAAUGAGUCACAGUUAUGGCAGUUGUAUGCAGACGGUUUGACCAAAUCUGACUGCUAUUGGUCUGUUAUACCGGCUUCCACCUUUUAAAGGCCGCAAGACCUUUGGCAACGAAUAGUCGCUACGAGAGAUGCACUUGGCUACCAAAUCUAGCGCCCGACUUCGAUAUUGAGAAAAAGAACAGGCGAAGUCUGGCGGCAAGACUCCCUCAGAAGAACGGUGAGGAUAACCGAGACGCGAGUAAUGGACCGUCGGCAGCUCUACUAUCCAAAUUGGUAAGUCCCACCCUCAUUUUUUAAUGCUUGAGAAGUUAACUGUUGAAGAGAUAUUCUUUUAAAAGAAGGCAUAUUUUGUCCAUACAAACAGGUUCUGUAUGACCUGUUGACAGGUGUAGAUAGGACUACUUAUACCUACAGCGGCUGCACAGCAUGCUACGCGGUCCCACGAGGCGGGACUGCCCGAAUAGAGUGUGAAGACGUAAUCAAUACGACCGACAUCUUUGCAACGACAGGAUCCUCGGCUGAGGAUGGAAGACAAGCUACAGGGCCUGCGUGAACCGUCCUGACGUGGUGGAGCCGGAACAUGGGCUUCGUGCAUCAGGGCGAUCUCAGUCGCACAUUUGUCAUCAAAGUCACGUAAGAAGAAAAGGCAUAACGGGUCCAGUAGAGGCUGCAUACGUUUGCUGUGCCGAGUAACCCUAGUGGAGAUGCCCAGCACAGGCUUCCAACACGACCUUUUAAGUCAAAGCCAGACGUGACUGUUGUAGAUUGAGUCAGAUCUAAAAGUGGCUGUCUCAAUAUGUAGCUGCAAACGUCUGUUGAAAUUCACAGGAAAGUGAAUGCCACAAACUGGCAUCAAGAAACGCGUAUUUAACCAGGACCAUGUCACAAAAAUACUGGUGUUUAGCGAGAGGAGGCUGGCGACCAGUCUUUCGCAGCUCAUACCUCGGCCAAAUAAUCCACAAAUCGCACACCUAACAGAAUUCCACGACACUAUUGCUUGAGAAGCCCAGAACCUGCGUGCGCGAUGGACCUAAUAUGGGCUCUUCUUACCAGACCAAUUGUGGAAAACACGGCAGCCACGACAGGAACGGUUAAGAUCCAGUACAGCCGACGUCCUUAUCAUCUAAGCUACGAGGCCCUAACCGGAUGGAUUCUCCAAACCCGCCAAGGACACCAAUGAAGUCUCUUUUCGUAAGUUGUAGAACCUCACGGUCAGAAUAGAAAUUGGCCGGACACAGAAAUAGGAACCUUCCUGUGGUAAAGGCGGCCUUGCUCUUAAUUCCAAGAAGAUUAGGGUUGGGACACAGGAGUGGGAACCCUCACUGGAAUUCAGUACAAGGCCACCAGUGUUGCGGGGAUCUACUGUCUGUCUCACCAAGGAAGUUAGAGUUGCAUCGCAAACGACACUCGCAUUGGGAUUAAAGCACUGAUGAACCAGGACAGGUCCGGUUAUCGACCGCCAGUGCAUGUUUUUGACGUUUGCCAUUUGCUUAUAUUAGAUUUGAGUGUACAGUUCCUGUACGCCGUCCUACAGCCCUUGUACGGGAAAUCUACUUUUCUCCUAUUGCAGGUAAUCGGGUGCAAUGGUCGCUAGGUUGAGCAGCAACUCCAGCCCUUAUCCCGGGUUUGUAGGCAGCAUAAGCCGGAACUCAUGCACACUGUUCAUAUAAACCAUGAUAUUUUACUUUUAGGCCGGCCAUACCUACGGUGCGCGGGGACGAAUAACGGCGCCGUAUGCUUCGCACGAAUAA